AUGUUUACCAUGUCGCAACACACAUAUGCCUACGCGGCGCAACCAGCUCCCGCGCCUACAAGACACUAUUCCAACCACAGCACUAGCAGCGCCUUCAGCAGUUCCGCCAACCCCGACGAGGACUGGACCAAGAUCUCAGAUCUUGCUGAGCGCAGGAGGAUACAGAACCGCAUUGCCCAGCGCAACUACCGCAAGAAGCUCAAGAAGAGGCUGGAGGAGCUCGAGAGGCGCGCGGGGACCUCGGACGAUGCCUCGUCGUCCGGCAACGAGAAGCCGAGCCCGCCGGCCAAGACGAAGCGCACACAGGCACCCAAGGCGCACAAGCAAUCACCACCCGCCCAGGUCAAGCCGGCGAUGCAGCAAGGGCAAUACACACCUCCCAUGCACCAUGACGACGAGUACCUCUUCGCCCAUUCCUACGACGAGCGCGAGCGGUCGCACACCCCGCCCAUGUUCGCCUACUCGACAUAUCCCCCGCCUCCCGAGGAGAUGAUCAUGCCGCCGUACGGAGCCCCCGUGCAGGGCUACCGGCCCAUGCCGACCGACUCGUAUCCGGAGUACCUCUCGCCGCCGCCGGUGCCCGUGACGCUGCCGUCCAUGACGCACUUCAGCGACGCCAUCAAGCGCGAGGCGGCGCCCUACCCGGGCGCGCCCGCCGAGGAGCCCAUGUCCUACAUGAGCUUCAACGGCUACCCGCUGCCGGGGAUCGACAUGAGCGCCGCGCACCCUUCGCCGUACGACCAGAUGCCGCAUACUCCGCCUCUCUCACAUUCCUAUGAUCACUCCACCACCUGCUCGGACUCGGGGAGCUACGACGCCUACCCGACCACCCCGCUCUCCAUGCCGGGCUCGCCCGGCCUGGUCCAGCACGCGUGA